UCAUCAAAUGUAUGGUUCUUUUCAAAAGGCUCUCUUCAAGCUGCCAUUCUCACCUUCUCUCCUUGGUCGUGUCUUUGCUGCCGAAUUCAAGGCCCGUCCCAUGCACAGUGGUGAAAGCACUAUUUCAUCAAACCCGGGUCAAGGUUAUUGGCACGGAGCCGGUCGAUUGCAUGCAUCAGGUCACCACCGCGUACGGAUCAGUAAUUGGUAUUGGGAGUAUGAAGGGCUAGCAACGCAGGAGAAUGUGAUGCCCGAUUUGUGUGUGCUACGGGCAACUAGGUCCAACAAUUGUCGAAACCUCGACAUUGGAAUUAAUUAGCCGCGAGAAACGAUGUCGAUGAUGACCAGCUAGGAGAAGGCAUGAGCGAUUGCAUUUCGAAGCUUCGGCAAGUCUAGGAGUUAAGAGUGUGUAGAUUGUACUAGGAAUGGGGAUUGCAGAGGCUAUUCUACAAUAUAUGGGCCUUGAUGCAUGGAGCAUGACAUGAAAUCCAGUUCCAGGCCCAUAUACAUGAUGUCAUUGCCUAUACUGUUACUUGCCAGACGCUGCACAUUAUUAAAGAGCAGGAUAGAUGGGGUGUUUGAGGAUGCUGGGCCGACAGGAUAUAUCGCCGUUAUCAGUUUAAACAGCAAAAGAACAUAUCUAAAGAUGGCUCUCAGCCAGAGACAUAACUAGACUACAAGAGCAUCUACUUACCAUACCAGAACAAACUGACUGCUAUAGAUAGAGUGACAGAUUAUCGCUAAUGAUGAACUUCCCUUCGUCCAUUCUCCAGUCCAUCCCAAAUGGCUG